AGUGCCAGGGCGAUCGAGAGAGCAGUGUGAGCUCAACACUGGAAUAAGACGAGGCGAGGAGAGGGGAAGUGGUCAACGUUAACAAUAUGGAUAUCUCGGUGUUUUUGUACUGCUUCUUCCCGCUCACCUUGGCUGUUGAAGAAAUGCUCAUGGAUUCAAGAUUGGCAACAGCUGAAUUGGGAUGGACUGCAUACCCAGAUUCUGGGUGGGAAGAAGUAAGUGGAUAUGAUGAUGCAAUAAAUCCUAUUCGCACAUACCAGGUCUGUAAUGUGAUGGAAGCAAACCAGAAUAAUUGGCUUCGAACUACUUACAUAGAACAUAACGACGUUCAGCGAGUAUAUGUAGAGAUGAAAUUCACUGUGCGGGACUGCAACAGCAUACCAAAUAUCCCAGGUUCCUGUAAGGAAACUUUUAAUUUAUUUUACUAUGAGUCUGACACGGACUCAGCAACAGCAUCUACUCCAUUGUGGAUGGAGAACCCUUACAUAAAAGUGGACACCAUUGCGCCAGAUGAGAGUUUUUCCAAACUGGAGUCUGGUAAAGUCAACACAAAGAUCAGAAGCUUUGGCCCAUUAUCUAAGAAUGGAUUCUACCUAGCAUUUCAGGAUCUGGGCUCAUGCAUGUCACUCAUUUCCCUGCGUGUGUUCUACAAGAAGUGCCCAUCUGUGAUCGCAAAUUUUGCAGUUUUUCCAGAAACUGUUACUGGAGCAGAACCUACAUCACUUGUGAUUGCUCCUGGCAUCUGUCUCAGUAAUGCUGUGGAAUUGUCUGUCCCCCUAAAACUGUAUUGUAAUGGAGAUGGUGAGUGGAUGGUACCUGUUGGAGCUUGUACUUGUGCUGCUGGAUAUCAACCUGCUAAACAAGAAACUGCUUGCCAAGCUUGUAGCCCAGGAACAUUCAAAUCCAAACAAGGGCAUGAACCCUGCGCACUUUGCCCAUCUAACAGCAGGGUCAACUCUGAAGCAGCCACUAUCUGUCAGUGCAAGAAUGGAUUCUAUCGAGCGGACAGUGACCAGCCCGAGAUGGGAUGCACAAGUGUGCCUUCUGCUGCACAGAAUGUUAUUUCAAAGGUGAAUGAGACCUCUCUGAGUUUGGAAUGGAGUGAGCCACAGGAUGUUGGUGGCCGUGAUGACCUGCUCUAUAAUAUCAUCUGCAAGAAGUGCAGCGUAGAAGGCAAAAUCUGCUCCAGAUGUGAUGACAAUGUUGAGUUUGUCCCACGACAGCUGGGCCUGACGGAAAGGCAUGUGUUUAUCAGCAAUCUUUUGGCUCACACCAGAUAUACAUUUGAAAUCCAAGCAGUAAAUGGAGUCUCCAGCAAGAGUUCACUUCCUCCUCAGUUUGCAGCAGUUAACAUUACUACGAAUCAAGCUGCUCCUUCUCCUGUGCUUAUGCUGCAUCUACUGAGUGCCACAUCAAAUAGCAUGACUCUAUCAUGGCUUGCACCUGAAAAACCCAAUGGCAUAAUCCUGGACUAUGAGCUGAAAUAUCGUGAAAAGGACCAAGAUGAAUCAACAGCGUCGACCAUUACAAGUCAGAAAAACAAAAUUCGCAUUGAAGGGUUAAAACCAUUUGCUUCUUAUGGAGUUCAGGUGCGAGCCAGGACCGUGGCUGGAUAUGGAAAGUACAGUGAAACUGUAGAUUUCCAGACUCUGAUGGAAAAUGAGAGUGGGAAAAGCAUCCAAGAACAAUUGCCCCUGAUUGUAGGUUCAGCCACUGCAGGCCUGGUAUUUAUUGUAGCUGUGCUUGUGAUUGCAUUUGUGUGCAUCAGGAAACGUGGAAGUGGUUCAGAGUCAGAAUACACUGAGAAACUCCAGCAGUACAGCACUGGCCACAUCACACCAGGAAUGAAGGUUUAUAUUGACCCUUUCACCUAUGAAGAUCCCAAUGAGGCUGUCAGAGAAUUUGCCAAGGAAAUUGAUGUAUCCUGUGUAAAAAUUGAAGAAGUGAUUGGAGCAGGUAGACCAAAAGGUGAAUUUGGGGAAGUAUGUAGAGGACGCCUUAAACUUCCAGGACGAAGGGAGAUCUUUGUAGCAAUAAAAACACUUAAGGCUGGUUAUACUGAAAGACAGCGAAGGGAUUUCUUAAGUGAAGCCAGUAUUAUGGGACAGUUUGAUCACCCAAAUAUUAUCCAUUUGGAGGGAGUGGUCACUAAAAGCCGUCCAGUCAUGAUUGUUACUGAGUUUAUGGAGAAUGGUGCCUUGGAUUCCUUCCUCAGGAUGAAUGAUGGACAGUUCACAGUCAUCCAGCUGGUCGGCAUGUUAAGAGGAAUUGCAGCUGGGAUGAAAUAUUUGUCAGAAAUGAACUAUGUGCACAGAGACCUGGCAGCCAGGAACAUUCUGGUCAACAGUAAUCUUGUGUGCAAAGUGUCAGAUUUUGGUUUGUCGAGAUUCCUGGAAGAUGAUCCAACUGAUCCAACCUACACAAGUUCAUUGGGUGGCAAAAUUCCAAUCAGGUGGACAGCUCCUGAAGCAAUUGCUUAUCGCAAGUUCACCUCGGCCAGUGAUGUAUGGAGUUACGGAAUUGUCAUGUGGGAAGUGAUGUCAUAUGGUGAGAGACCAUACUGGGACAUGUCAAAUCAAGAUGUUAUUAAUGCUGUGGAACAGGACUAUCGUUUGCCACCUCCAAUGGAUUGCCCAACUGCCCUACAUCAGUUGAUGUUAGACUGCUGGGUAAAAGACCGUAACAACCGACCUAAGUUUGCUCAGAUUGUAAACACGCUGGACAAGCUUAUUCGCAAUGCAGCUAGCUUGAAAGUCGUCUCUGUUGCAAAUCCAGGCCCUUCCCAGCCUCUUUUGGAUCGUACUGUUCCUGACUACACCACAUUCACCACAGUGGGAGACUGGCUAGAUGCAAUUAAAAUGGGUCGAUACAAGGAGAAUUUUAUUAAUGCUGGGUUCACCUCUUUCGACUUGGUUGCGCAGAUGACAGCAGAAGACUUGCUGAGGAUAGGAGUUACAUUGGCUGGACACCAGAAGAAGAUUCUCGGCAGCAUUCAGGACAUGAGAUUACAGAUGAACCAAACUCUUCCAGUGCAGGUCUGACAGCAAGGCACUCUGGAAUUAAUUAAGAUUGAAGUCAAGUAGGAUAAUUGUGUGCAGUGCCUGACUUCCAGUUUUUCCUGUGUGGAGCACCUAGUUCUAAUGUUUCAAGUCAACCCUCAGUUCAAGGAUAAUUGUAGCAUGAAUUGAAAAAUAUCUGAAAGGGCUCCAAAAAGGAACACAGUCUGAAAAUAGUUAUCUUGGCUUUUGGGCAAUUGGUUUCUGUCAUGGGAUUUUUACUUCUUUUGCACCAAACCUGUGACGAUAUCAAAGACUUUCAAAAGCUGCCACAGAAGGCAAGUUUUGCCCAGAAGUCAGUAUAUUAUUAAGUCUUCAUAUUGAAGAUGUAUUAUUUAAAAUCUAUGUGUCAAGAUACCACAUGAGAUAUUGGAUCAUAGAUUUGAUAUUCCACUUGUGUUCCAUUCCUUCAGAGCACCAUCGAUGAAAAGAAAGAAAGAAGUUGAACAAUUCUGUAUAUAGAGUGAUAAUCUAGUCUCUUGAGUUAGUUCCUAUUUCUCAACUUGCAAUAAAACCAGAUUGGAAUAAUAAUGGAAUGCCUUCAAGGUGUGCUUGCACCUUUUGGUUCAGAAUGACCUUUCUUCACAACUUCUGUGGCACUUGAAUAUUGAAUACUGGCAAUCAGGAUAAUUAUAUCGUGAGAUGGAAGUGAAAGGAAACAUGCCUAGCUAUCAUGAAUACAAGAUUUAACUUGAAGUUACCGGGUGUUCUUUUAAUUUAUGGUUACUCUAAGUAAAUGAAUGACUGGAUGCAUUGGCUACCCUUGCAUACUGACAAGGGAAGGAUAUGCUGUGCACAAAAGGCAUGAAACAGUUCUUAUAGUGUUCAACCAAAUAACACCUGGAAAAAGAUGGAUGACAAGACUUUCAUCAAUAAAUUGAUUCUGAUUCAAAACUGCUGUAAUGCAAGACAGAAUCUUCAUUCUGGACUUUAUUGUUGGGGUUCCUUUGGCUUCUAGCUGAAAUUUGUGAAAUUGUCACCCAUGGGAACACAGUUGUGUGGAACAUUCUGAAUUGCAAAAGCAGAGCCGAAACACCAAAAUGAUUUAGAACCUUUAACUGUGAGAGCUGUCAAGAAAAAGAAUAACUGUACAUGACUGAAGAAACUUCAUGGCCAUCUGUUUAAUCAAGUGCUGUUAAAUUUUGUUGUCAUUGCCAAAAGAAAGGAAAUUUUAUUUUUUCUAAAGAACAGAUAAAACCUUUGUAAACAAUAGAGUGCAAAGAGUAAUUGUGACACAAAAUAUGGAAAAGGCAAUAAGCGUUUUUAAUUUAGUUUGUAUUACAGUAAAUCAUUUCUUAGCUCAUCUUCAAACCUUCCCUUACUUAAUAUUCCAAGAAGACAUUGGCAGAGGAGACUGUAUAUUUGUACAUACUUUUAGAUAUUUUCCUUUGUUAAUGUGUGGGCUUUAACCAAUAAAUACAGACUGUGUAUAUUUUGCCACUCUGAAUGGCACGUACCUAUAUUGUAUAUAGACAAGGCAAAAUGUGCAGAAUGAUACAGUUAAAUUUUGAUGCUCUGCAAUCCUCAUUCACAAAAGUAGACCAUUAAUUCUAACUUGUUCUGUAAAAUAACAAUGUUGUAAAAAAUAAUUUUGAACUAUUCGUUGUGAUAGGUCAUUCAGUAGUAGUUCACAGUACCUGCUCGACAUCUGUGACUAACAAAAUACAUUUGGUUAUGUUGCUGUGAAUUUGGUGCAAGCUUUAAUAAUGUGGCCCACCAUUUCCUCUCAAGUAAUCUUUCUACAUAGUACUUCUGUAAGAGCCAUACAGUGGCUAAUCUUUUGUAGAAAAACCUAAUGGCUGUCUUCCAGUCACUUUGGAAAACAUACCUGUAUAGUAUUUUGCAAACUUUUUAAAAUAUUGAGAUGUAUUUAAUGGUGAAAAAGAUGCAUUCUUGCAUUUGUAGAAAUAUUUUUAAAAAACCUUUUGCAAUUAAAUUAUUUAAGAAGUU